AUGGCCGAAAUUUCGAGGAGGACGAAGUGGCUGAGGAUUGUCUCGAGCAUUGGGGCGCUGUAUCUGGACAGCUGCUUGCACGGAGCCGUCGUGCCGAUUGUUUCCGAGUGGGCUUGGGCAACUACCGACGUCCCCCUCACCACAAACCGAUCACACACCAGUGGAGACGAAGAAACAAGGGCCAGUUUCGCAAUUGAUGCCAUUUUCCUUUCUACUGGAAUUGCAGAGAUUGGUUUAUCGCCAAUUGCUGGUAUGGCAGCCGACCGGUUUGGGUUUGAUGUGGUCAUUUUGGCUGGGCUUCUGGUUGGAAUAUUGAAAUGUCUUCUGUUUGGACUUCUAGGCACAUCGAUUGUGAUUGUUUCAAUCAAUCGUGUUCUUCAAGGUGUAGUGAGUGCCUUUACACAAACCAUAGCAAUGGCUCGUAUUAGAGAUGUAUAUGCAGAGGCAUCGCCAGAGUGCGCCAACGUGAUGGCCAUAGCCAUGUUCAAAAUGGCAUACAAUUUCUUUGCGGGACUUUUCAUUGGAGAACUGUACAGAUAUUUGAAGUAUCGAGUGUUCCUCCUGUUUCUACCCAUCUCUUUGCUACUCAUCAUCGGCGUAUUGAUAACAUUCAGAACUGACAAUUUCCAUUCAAAAGACGAAUCGAAGGAAGGGAGCGAAUGCAAGCAAAACCCGUCUUCAGCUGUUCAAUGGAGGGUGAUCUGCGAUGUCCAGCUUAUGGUCGUUGCAACCUGCUUCGUGGUUUCAAAUCUUGGCCAGUCUUCCUUGGAACCAUCCUUUGCCGUGUGGAUGAAAUCUGCCUUCGGGGCGGGUCCGGAAUCCACAGGUGUCAUUCUUGGGCUCUGCGGGGUGGCAACGAUCACAGCCAGCCUCGCCAGCGCUCAGAUCCUACCCACUCUCCGGCACCGAUCCUGGAUCUUCUGCUUGACAUCUCUCUGUACGGCGGGAGUACCUUUGCUUCUUGUCAGCUUCUCACCGAGCAUCGUUCUAGCCGGUGCCAGCCUGUGCGCUCAUUUCCUCGGCGCCACUGCUGCGCGUUUCACCCUCCUCCUGAUGUGUUCUACCAUCGCCAACAGCCGCUAUCCCCAAGCCUACGGUCUAGUCUUUUCCGUGCUCAACGUAGGCUGGGCGGCUUCCUUUCUCGUUGGACCCCUCCUUGCCUCCUACCUGUUUGGAUCCGUUUGCGUCAUCUGUAUCAUCGGAGUAGCUUGCAUUGCCAGUUCCCUACUCACAAUGAUCUUACAGACGCUUGACUCCAAGCAAGGACCCAAUUUCAUGGACUGUUUUCCUAAGGAAUAUCCCGAGUAUCAGAUAGUGACCGAAGGCCCUCCAUUGCCUUAUGAGGAAGUAAUUCAGCAGCCGAAUGAUUAA